ACGCUGUUUCUGUGAUUGGAUUACUAAUUUAUUACUGUUCUUAACUUCUUACAAGUUGGUAUAUAUUUUUAUCAAAGAGGAUUAUUAUUAGUUGUUUUUAAGUUUUUAACAUACACUACGUUACUGAAUUUCUUAUAAUCUUAUCGGUAUAUCUAUCCGAUGCUUAUCGUUCGACGUUCAUUGCUUGUGAAAUAAACUUUUUGUUAUUUUACUAAUUCGUGAAUAUAGCAGAAAACCGUUAGUAAGUAAAAUGUCUUUUCUAAACGAUGAUACCCCGCGUCGAUUACACUCACAAAUGAAUAUCUGCCGAAUUUGUUUGAAAUAUAACACUAAUGAUAAUCCAUUUUUCGAUGUUUUUACUGAUAAAUUGCAAUGUCUCAAUAUAUACGAUGUGUUGAAAAAUUUGUUUGAUAUCAACGUCGAACCAGGUGACUUACGGCCGAAAUACAUUUGCCAACAUUGUUAUAACAAAGUGUCAGAAUGGCUUGAUUUCGUAUUAAAAGCACACUAUAGCCAGUUUUGUAUCAACGAAAUGAUUUACGAUGCUAUUAAUAAUAAAGAUUAUUACUUACAGCAGCCAAUCACUUCUCCUUCGUCAUCUGUCAUUAAUAUACCUAAUGAUGAUAACCAAGACAACUCAAAUAAUAACUCAUCAACUUCUUCAAAUUCUCCUUCACCAUCUGUCAUUAGUAUACCUGAUGAUGAUAACCAAGACAACUCAGAUAAUUAUUCAUCAACUUUUCCAGCACCUAUAAAUAAUUUAUCUAAUAAUGAAGAUAAUCAAGAAAACUCAUAUUGUAUGCCAUCCACUUCUACAGCUGACAUAUAUAUAAUAAAGAAAAAAAUAAAUCUUAUACCAUAUGGGUUUUAUUCAUGUAUAAUUCGAUCGUGUAAAAAAUCCUUUAAAACUUUCCAAGGAUUCAAAACACAUUACCGUCGUCAUCGUAAUGUUGCAGAUGCUGUUAUGUGCUGGAAAUGUAACAAUACAUUUCCUAACAAGAGCACUAUGCACUCACAUCAAAUGAAACGUGAAUGUGUAGUGUUUCCUGGUAUGUUUGGCUGCCUUUCGUGCCCUGAAUCAUUUGAUGACCUUCAAAGCUUAAGCAUUCAUAAAUAUAACAUGCAUAUUGUUCAAAAUUAAAUAAAUUAUAGAUAAUGAUAUUAUAAUUUUUUAAUUAAUAAGUACUUUUAAUAUUUUCUUUAUUUUUUAUUUUUUAUGUAUUUCUCUCUUUGUAAUUAUUAUUAUUAAUUUUAUCAAUAUUUUAUAAUUUGUAAAAUUGUCAAGAGUUUAAUAAAUAAUACAUAGAUCUAAUA